UCCCAUCUUACAUAUGGAACGUCGAGUGAACUAUAUUCCAGACUCCUCGCUUUACACUUGCCCACUGUCCAAAAUGUCUGCUCGUGCUGGGGUCUUGUUCACCACUGGUAAGCACAGGAGCUUGCUUCCGAUUCCUGCUUGGUCUGAUUUUUAAGUUGUGGAGGCUGUGAAGUCCCAUUUCUUCGUAGGUGAUUAACAGCCCCUGCAUAAGGAAAUAUCAAACAAGUUACUUGCAAAAUUGAGAGCUCGUCUUUUAUUCAGCACUUCUCUCCAGAUUUAUACAUGAUAAUAUUUUUGAUGAACAUUGUCGUGUUCAAGUUAAGUGCAAACGUCAAGUAAACAUUUGAAUGAAUAGAAAUGAUUCGAAUAUGCAUGAAAUGAACAGUAAUUAAUGAAUAGGCAUUCACCUCAAACAAAAGGGGAAAAGAAUUGGAACUGAUUCGAAUUUGUGAAUUGAAUAUGCAUGACAUGAACUGGAAUUAAUGAAUAUGCAUGAAAUUUGAUGAAUAUGCAUGCAACAAUGAAUGAAUAGGUGUAAUAGUGACAUAUCAAAAUCAAUGUGCAUCUCUGGCUCGUAUUUCCGGACAUUUUUACCGCAACCCUUUAUUAUUGGUGGUAAUAUCUUUACAGUUUCUUUAGUGAGAAAUAAACAAAAUUGCCAUUUAGAUGAAGAGUUUACGUUAAAGUAAUUUAGUAGGGUUAAUUUUAAAAAUGUUCCUUUGCAUUCUUAGGUCAUUCCACGAACUUCUUUGUUGCUGUUUAUAUACCAACUUAUCUACCGUCCAACUUCUUGAUUGA